GUUUGUCUUUGACAUUUCAAAGCGUUCUUUCGUGUCGCCGGCUUUCGCGGGCACUAUUUUUUCAAUUUUUAGCUGAAUUAGGCUAAUAUAAACUAGUAAAAAUGGCUUACAAAGGUCCACCGAAAGUGCAGAAGGUUAUGGUGCAGCCCAUCAACCUUAUCUUCAGGUAUCUUCAAAACAGAAGUCGUGUGCAAAUCUGGUUGUAUGAGAACGUGAAUUUGAGAAUUGAGGGACACAUUGUUGGCUUUGAUGAAUACAUGAACAUUGUUUUGGACGACGCUGAAGAAGUACAUAUAAAAACGAAAAACAGAAAGCAGAUUGGAAGAAUUAUGAUGAAAGGGGACAACAUUACACUAAUACAAAACGUAAACCCCAACGCGACUGUGUAAAAGUGUUAGGUUAUAAAAUCUAAGUGAACAUCAUUUUCAUUCCUAAAUAUUAAGUAUGAUUUAAGUACCUAUACUUACGGUAAGAGCCGGUUAUGUAAAAUAAAUACAUCUAAGUUCUCAAAA